ACACUGUUGACCUAAAAGAGUGCUUCAAUAACUUUUUUAAUUUAAUUUAGUUACAGAAUAAAUAUUUUUCAUUUUCAUUAACAAAGGAAGCUUAAAAGAUGACAGCUGUUGUGUUAAAAGAAUGGCAUAACACAGUUACAGACGGCUUAAGGGACCAUUUAGUAAAUAAGUUAUUACGAUCUAUAACGGCAAAAUCAUCUGACGCCGUUUUCAAUGUUGACGAUGUACCAGUUCCAAUUGUGAAUAAGUUAAUGGAGAUCGAAAAUGCAUACUAUUUAGCGGCGGAUUCGCGUUCGCAAUACUAUCACAUGUUAGCUGUCACAAUUUACAAAAUACAAGAGUAUUUAUCUCAAAAGCGGGAGCAGCAGCAGACAUUGGACACUACCGGUGUCACAUCGGCAAUGGAGAAGAUAUUAAACGAGAAUGGUGAACUGCAAGAGGAUGUAGCAGAUUUAGGAGAAAAAUUGUCUCAACUACUGUCUUUAAAAUAAGUCUAUGGGCUGGGAAAGGACAUUGUUCUGCGUCUAUACAUUGUUAGCCUAAGAACCAACAAUCAUGAAAUAUUAUAUUCUAGGUUCGAAAUUGCAAGUAAAUUACUGUAAAAACAAAGAUUAUUAACGGACACUUCUGAGAACUUAAAUUAUCAGGAAAACUAAUAUUUUUUGAGGUUAUGUUUAAUAUUAAAUGAUACAUAGGUCAACCUAUGAACUUAAUAUGAACUCAGUAUGAAUUGAAUUAAUAUUACAACUAAUUCAUUUUUAUUCGGUGCGAUUUUAAAGAAUAACUAUUAGGAAAAAAUUGGUUAUGUAGGAAUCAUGAAUAAAAUAAAAACUGUAGUGUUGCUUCUUAUUUUUUUGACUACAUUUCACAUAAUUGUAUCAUAUUGUAUUUAUUUUUGUAUAUUACAUGUAUAUUGUGUAAAUAUGCAGCGUGAAUGUGUAUCAUCAGCUGCUCUUGAAUAAUUUGGCAGUAUGAUGACAGACUGAUGUCGUUUUCAAAAAGCAAACACGUAUAGCCAAGUGAAGUGCCGGCAGUAGGAAGAAAGAGUGUUUUGUUUGCAGCGCUGUCAUAGAUUAUAAACAUAAAAUGGUAGUCUCAAAUUAUUUUUUAACUUUUUAAUAUAGCUUACUUAACUGGAAGUGUCCGUCCCAAUCUAAAUACGGAUAAUUAUCGCAAAAAAUAUACUAAGAAUUAUCAUAAAUGCCAAAUUGGUGUUGGUUCUUAGGCCAAAUUUAACAUUGUCCUUUGCAAACAAAACUUACGACAUGCAUGUUCUGUUUUAUUUGUUAAUAAAUUACCUAUGUAUUUGACUGAGAAGAUAGUAUAAUACUAAUUAGAUAGAUAGAUAUUAACGUAUUUACAAUGCCCUAAGCAUUUAUUUUAAUUACUAGAUAUCUUUUAUAGAUUAAGAUAAAUAGUGAUGUGUGUUCAGUAGUAGGUACUGAACUAAGAUGCUGUGAAAUUAGUAUUUUAUAAUAUAAGUAAAAUAUCUAAAAUUAAGUAAAAAAAACCUUUUAAGUUUAAUAAAACACCUGAAAAAUCA